AACUUUAACUCUAUUAGGUUGAAAAUUAUACAAUUGUUCGUUAUCACUCAUUGUAAUUCACUGGCGAGUCUUUAAAUCUAAAUAGAUUUUGUGAAGACGGGACACAGUGAUUUCCUUCACAGCAGCAGGGGAAUGCGCGCUCACGACGGCGAACGGAAACGCGCGCUCAAGAUCAGUGCAGUUUGCGCUCUACGCAUCCAUUCAUUUAACGCUUCAAACUAAACCCAAGGUAACAUCGCUUUUGAACCCGACCAGGAGAUAAUGAUUCAGGAAAAUAUCUGAUUUACGCAACUCAAUGUCAUAUGACAGAGUCAAAAUUAGUGCGAGGGAGUGAUGUGGACAAAGAAAGAUAAGAGUUUGCAGGAGACGGAAUGACACAAGGCUUUCCUACAGUGACCCCAUUUCUCCUGCUCUUCCUGAUGGGAUUUGCUAUGGCUGGUAUCCAUCUCUGGCCUUCAAUGCACAUUGCCUUGAGCAACGCCAGCGUGUUUGUGGAUUACAGCACCGACAACAACUUCACCGAUCACAAACUGGCUGUGUCAUUGAUUGACAUGGACAGGAAUGUUACAGUACUCACCAGGUCACUUCCCUUCAACCAAUCAGAAGGGUCACUGGAGUUCAACUGCUCGUACUUCCUGUACGCAGGUAAUUUCAGAUUCAGGCUGGAACAGAAACACAACCAGGUUAUCUCUAACCAGACCGCCAUCUGGUGGUGGAGCCCGGUUCUGCAUGUGCACUGGCCCACCUUUCACCUGGCUGUUGAUCGUGGCAACAACAACCAAAGCGCUGAUGGAUUCAGGAUUGGCGUGUACACUAAUGACCACUUCCAUCCUUGUCCUAAUGGCAAAGCCUCAUCUCUCUUUCUUGAUGUCAGCUAUCUGGAGCAAGGUAGAAACACCAUCGACAGGGUUCAAAACGAGAUAAGACACGACAUCAAAGUGGUUAGGUCCCAGCACGUGGACAUGGUUUGCGCUUUCCCACUUACAGAGCAUGGAUUCAUCCAGAUUUCCAUCAAAUCCCCCCACACCCAACAGGACAUCAAAUCAUCAGGUCCUCUUUAUCUGUCGAGCAUCUUCUCCUACAAGCUCCUUGUGGAUAACAUCUACAAAAGUGGCUGUGCGGGAACCGUGUCUGUCCGUCGAAUCGCUCCUCCCUGUACGGCCACCAAUGGAAAAGUUCUGGUGUAUAGGGAAGAGGGCAAAGAGAGGUCUUCUACUCAUAUGGCCUUUAACUUCCUCACUCAAGUGGAGAAUGAGACUGAGUUUAACUGCUCUCUCUUUGACACCGGCAGGAAUAAGUACUGCUUUCAUUUCACACUCGUCCACAGUCAAGCUCCCAGUUUAGCACAUUCUUGUGUUGUUGUGCAACGGCAUACAAAAAUGUGGGGUCCGUGGCAGCCCUGGAGUGCUUGCAGUGUGACGUGUGGUGAAGGGGUUCGAGAGCGUCUGCGUGAAUGUCUGCUGUCAUCUGGUGGUGGGAUGCAGUGCACCGGCAUGGUUCGAGAGCAGUCGCACUGUUCACUUGAGGACUGCAUGGAGGAGAUUCCACCUUCAUCCCUCACCCCUCCACCAGCCGUGAGCUCCCCCCUUGGUGGGAAUCUCGUGGUAGUCACUGGGAUCUCCUUGUGCCUGGCUGUGAUCCUGGCCACCAUCUUGAUUACCGUGUGGAGAAAACUCUGCCGUGCUCCAAAGUGCAGCUCCAUGCGACGUGGAUCUAUGCACUCCCCCAGUGGUCGGAAAAACUCAGAUGAAGCUUCCAUCUGUGGUCGCAGCAUGCAGAGACCCAGUUUUUCCGACAGUGUCCAAGCAGCUCCUCUACAAAAAGGACUCACCUUGCCUGCAAAGCAAGGACCGUCGGACCAGGGUGUCUUGGCUCGACAGCAGAGCAUAUCUCUUCCCCUUCCUCAAGACCCCGAGAGGAUGUCCCCUUCUGGCCAAAAGAUCGUUCCACCUGUUUUUGGAUACCGCUUGGCUCAACAGCAGCUCAAGGAGAUGAAGAUGAAGGGGUUGAAAGAGGCCACUCAAGUCUACCACGUGUCACAGAGUCCUGUGGAUGACACCAUGUUGGAGGCCACAGCUUCAAGCCCGGCUAGUCUAACUCCAGUGCCUCAGGAAGUUGACAGCCCAGAGGAAGCCAGCAGCAGCCAUUUCUGCCUAAAGUCUCCGUUUCUUGAACCCACGUGGCCUCCAAAACACACAGGAGCAUUCUCAGAGAGACACAAAGUGGACAUGUUGCUGAGUCAGACAAAGUCUGCCUUCAGCGCCAGCUCCCGUCGUCUUGAGCGCACAGCGGAUUGGGUGGAGAUGGUCGAGCGCAGCAGAGUAAACUACCCCCAGAAUCCAAAUUUCAGAAGAACGUCAAGCUUACAUGAAAGCAACCAACAGCAGGUUCCUCCAUCACGACCCUACAGAGAGAGAAGCAUGACCCAAGUGACUCCCCGGCAGCUUCCAGAGGGCAGUUGUCGAAACAGAACCUGGGAGCAUACGCUACCUGAGCUUGAGGUCUGGUCCUGCUCCAGCCCUACUGAUAGAUCGUGUGACCAAAGGAGGCGGCCAUGGGUGGACACGCCCCCCUCCCAGUCAAACUCCUUAAUGGUUCCUAAAUCAGUUCCGGUGACACCCACGAAAGAACCCCCGGUGGAUCGUCACAGGAUCGCUCGGAGCCCGUCUUCCGUCAUGGAAAGGGCAGAACAAAACUGGAGCAGAAGAGGUCCCUCUCCUAUCCAGAGGAACAUCCUAGCCAGGAAGCUACGGGAAGCGAAUUCAUCAACUUGCCAAAGACAACGCAGUUCCACGUUCUCUACCUCAGAGCAGCGCAGAGGGCGCUGUCGUAGCCUUCCUCUUUCUGCAGACUACAGUAGCUCCCCUUAUAGUCUCACAGAGUCUGAACAGCAAAUGAUGGACAUUUCUGGAUACUUGGGUGAGGAAGAUGGAGUCGAAGCUCUGAAUGUUCAUAGACUCAAAUAAUCGAAAUUUGAGGACGGUCCCUACACUCUGCCGAAGAAAAGUUUUCGACAUUAAAGGAGUAAAGCACUUAUUUAUAAUUUUACUCCAUGUGGACAUUCUUUCUGUCGGGUAUUAAAGUUAUUUGUAGCAUUACAAGGCAUAGUUUGCCUUCAAAAUGAAAAUUCUGUCAUCAUUUACUCACCCUGUUGCUAUUUUAAACCAGUGUGAUUUUCUUUCUUCUGCACAAAAGAUAUUUUUUAAAAAUGUUGGUAACAGAAAACCAUUGGUCCCCAUUGACUUCUAUUGUGUUGACCCAAAACCAAUGCAAGUCAUUUUGGAGCAAUGUUUUUUUUGUUACUAACAUUUUUCAAAAUAUCUUCUUUUGCGUUCUGGAGAAGAAAGUCAUACAGGUUUGAAAUGGCAAGAGAGAGUAACUGAUGACAGAAUUUUAAUUUUGAAGGUGAACUAUCACUAACGGAACAACCAUUUUUGAUUUCUGGUCGAUUUAAUACCAUGUGCCCAGGUUCAUGCAUUUAUAUUUUUAAUAUCAGUUUAAAAGGACACAUUUCAGACACAUUUCGUCGCUGUCAUUCCAAAUCCUUGUAUGUCCAAAUUUGCAGUUUUUCAGAAAAUGGAAAAAACAUUGUACUUUUUAAAUGAUUAAAUACUGUCUUGUCAGAAUUGACAAUCACUUUAAAU